AUGGCCUCUGCCAGACGGGAGCAGUCUCGGGGCACCAACAAGCGAUCGUCUCCAGUCACAGUCGAUGGUCCGGUCGGAGCAGCUUUCCAACCCCCCAGCUCUUUUAGUGCCUGUACCUUUACCAUCAAGCUACGAGCGGGUGUCCAGCCUGUCAGCCUCUACGUUCACGAUGACUUCGCCGUUUCGGACAGCCCUGUCAUCGUCCAACUUGGCCACGACACAAUGAGGAUCGUGGAUUCGCCGCCGGCAGAUGGUGCUCGAAUUCUCGGCUUGCCCGAUGUUCUCGACGAGGAGGAAGAAGAAGAAGGAGAAGAAGAAAACACUCCUGUGAAUGGCGGCGGUGUUCGUAUCGGUCGAAAUCGACAGCAGUCGCAGGGGAAAAGACGCCGCUCUUGUUUCUCGCUGCCUGCUAGCUUUGCCCUGGUCAUCAUCCUGGUCAUCAUCUUCCUCGUAGGGCCGCCGAGACGCCAGCGCGAACCUGCACCACCAGACUAUGCCGCCACUGCACCUCUGGACCCGGGCCCAGACGUCGCGUUUGUAGACCUCAUGGUGCGGCACGCUGCAGUGCCACGCGCCAUCGUCGAGUCAGGUGCGACCAACAAAUAUAACUACAUGCCUCUCCUAUCCGACGCAACCGAUUACUGCCAUAAGCUUCGCCUCAUGCUCGCAGGCCAUUGGUCCGCAACCAUACAUGCACCGUCGAAACGCAAUCCAGAUCGCCAGCAGUGGUGGGUCUGGAUGACGGGCUGGGCCCGUAAUGGCCCAGAAUUUGGCCUGGCACAUGACCAUGCUCAGAAAUUAUGUAAACAAUUCACUGAUCCUAUCUUCCCUCUAGCCCUGGAUGUGGUGGUACCCCUACAUGUUACCAUGCGCUCGUUCUGGGGUGCCCAUGCCUUAUCCGGGCUGCGGAGUGCGUCGAGCGGCCUGCGCAGACUCUUCCCCCAGACGCACAGGCAAGGCAUCCUCCUGCUUGAAGGCGAAGCAUACCAAACAACGUCCUCGAUGGGCGAUCAGGGGUUUGACUCUUCUUUCGCGGUUGCAGUUCUGAAGGAGCUCACCACCCCAUUGACGAUGCCGUGGCACUAUACCCAAGAGCCCAGAGUGAAUCUGAGGGCUUUAAACGAGAGUCUGAACCAGUUGGUAAUGCUAGGAGAAAAGCUCCUGGCGCCCGAAUGGGAGCAAUGGCUUGCUCUAAAUCGUGGUGGUGGUGAUUAUGUGCCUGACGCUGAGCCGUCCCGAAAGGAUCUCCGGGCCUUGGCUAAGCUCAGAGAUCAAACGCUGGCCAGACUAUCCGUUCUCAAGGACGUACGGGAGCGGUUUUUAAGCCCAGUAUCCGAAGCCUUAGCUGUGACGGAAUCGGAUGUCGACCAACUCAAAGAGUUCAUGAAACGCCUUAUCACUGGGUCCGGAUGGAUUCGCCCGGAAGGUCAUGGGGGUCAGCGAGUGCUUACCCGUUACUAUUUCUCCCCACGGCCCGACCUGCCUACGUGGAUAGAUAGCGUGGCCGAGAACUUGACCAUUGAACUUACCGAGUUUGCAUACAAGUUACGCCAGACCGAUGCCCUAAGGGAGGAGCAGGAGUCAUUGAAACGUGAGAAGUUACUCCGUGGCCCGAAUUUCUUAGUUAGAUUGUGGACGAGCAUUGAGAGAUGGUCAAGAAGGCCUUGGUGA